CUGCACCUGGGUGCGGUGAGGAAUGUCAGCUCCGGUUCGCAUCCCCUGGGAAGAACGCGCGGACGUUUUUAAGUACAUCCAGUUGGCUGGGAAAGCAGAGAGGAAUCAAGAGCGUGGAGGUACCAGUGUGUUCCCCUGCCAUCCCCUGGUCUCUGGAAGCCGGCCUGUCGCCGGAGAGGGUCAUGGGCAGGGCCGGCAAAGCAGCCCGGGGAAGCCGGGCUCUCACCCUUUCCCACUCGGGUUGCCUGAUCCAUGUGUCUGCCCAGUUCGGCCCCGGCGGGGGAGAGAGCCGUAGCAAGGAUAAGGCGGCCGGAGCUGAGACCCAUUCCCUGCCCACGGGGAAGGAGGGGGUGCUCUGGGCGUCUAGACAAGGCUCAUUUCCUUAUCGGAGGCGGAGCGAGGGUAAAAAAAGCCUAAAAAUAUAUAGAUUAUCGUGGGAUAGAGCGAAAAAUUUCAUGGCUUAACCAAGCAAAAGAAAAGCCAUCCCAUGUGGACGGACUCGUUUAAAUUAAAAUAAAACGAAGCUCCUGGUUGCUUUCCACCCCGGUUUUGGUUUUGGUUUUUUGGGGGGUUUUUGUUGUUGUUUUUUUUUUAACCUCCAAGGUACGCGCAGAGACCGUCAAGCUCCCAAAGCCAGUUCCUCUCCCCGGGGUGACACCUCCUGCCCAGAGGUGACCGGGAGCCCCGUCCCAGCCCCACGGCCGCGCCGCGGCCUCGGCUCCCCCUCGCCCGCCGCUCCGCUCCCCUCCGCGCCCCGGUGCGCCGUGCCCCGCUCACCGCGCAGCGCUUCCCCCGCCGCUCCCGAGCCCUCCUGCCCCGGGCCCGGGCAAUGACCGCUCGCCCUGCGGGGCUGGAAAUCCCGCGGCAAGGAAGAGCAGAAAUCGGUCCGGAGCUGCCUCAGCUGCCGGGGCUGAGGCGGUGUUUCCCAGACGGACGCGCAGAAAUACCCACAGGCACCCACCGCCCCUCUCCCCUCAGCCCCUAUGGACAGCCCCUGCUAGGGAUAGGUAUGUUACGACCUCACUGCUAGGGAACGGAAAUAAGCAAGGGAAAGAGAGAGAUUGCUUUUUGGGGGUUGAGAUUGGUUGCUUUUUGGUGGUGGUUUGGUGGGUUUUUACUUUGGUUUUUGUUUGUUUGUUUUUGUAGGAUCUGCGCUGUUACUUUGACGGGAAGCUGUGAGUUUCCUUACUUGCACGGCGCAUACAGUAGGUAGGAAACCAAAGGAGACUCAGGCAUCCCUGUUACCACCGGAGGAAAGGUGAAGAGCAUAACUUCCCAGGCUGUUUGUACCCUCCUUUGUCCUUCUUUUCAGGCAGGCCGGACCCUGCUUUUCGGGUAGGGCCAAGGGAGCGCAGGGCCGGGAGCUCGGGAGCCCCAUCCUUGCCGCCCCUCCACGCCAGGAGGGGUCCCAGGAGCGGGGCUGUCCCGCAGGAAAACCGGACCCGUAGCUGGCGGGAUGUCGCUCGGAAUAAAGUGGUAAAGUGUUGGAGGGGCUUUUUGUUUGUUUGUUUUGUUUGUUUGUUUGUUUGUUUUUUAAAGAUUGAUGUUGGCAGAACCCCUCGUCUCUGUUUCCCUGUGUCAAGCAAGAGGCCAUGCUUCGUGAGCUGACCCUCCCGGCUCGCCGGCCGCGGGGCUGGUGGCCUCUCCCCUUUCGCCCCUCUCCUCCCGCUAAUGCCUGAGGAGAGACCGGGCCCCCAGACCGCUGUGGGCCACGCCGAAAUCCUCUGCCAGACGCUUUAGGCACUUCUAAAUACGCACGUCACCCUUGCGAUAGAUAUUCUAUCUAUUAGGGAAAUUCAGUUAACAAAGGGGCAAGCUGCAGUUGGUUCUCGCUGAUCUCAAAGCGAUAAAGCACUGUUUCGUCUUCCACACUCCACUGGCUGAGAAGGGUGGCCCAAACAAUUAUUUUUCCAUAAUAAUUAAUUAAGUGUAGUAGGAACGGGAGCGACACCGGGUAUGUAUGGCUCUUGGCACGAGUCCUGCAUAGCAAGAGCCCUUGAACUCUGUUCUAGGUUUGAAAGGUGGGAGGAACUUCAGCAACAAAGUAGCACGCACUCUUGAGAGUCGUUCUAGAGAGUUAAUAUUUUCAGUAAUGUUUUUAUUUAAAGGAAUUUAAUAAAGCGCUGCUUUUCUUUAUUUAAUUUAUUAAUCAGAAUAUGUUUAUAUUGUAUAUGUGAAAGAGUACUGAUGAGCAACUUACUUAAACCAUUGCCUUGGAAUAAACUACUCGUUGGUACCACCAGUCCGUCCCGACUUUAUCUGUCUUAUUUGCUUGAUCAAUAUCAUCUAUUUUGGCGCAGCCGAUGAAACAGAUUUGAGGAAAACUCCGCAAUCAGCGGCCCACGCACUGGUUUGGCUGAGAAGGGAAUGCUGCAGGGGUCUCACCUGGAGCUGGUGGGGGGAGAGUACAUCUCACCGGGAUGACAAUAUUUGGGAUCCGGUGCAGGAAAACCGAGGGCACGAUCAGCAUUAAGGAACAUUCUGUCCCAACAGAAAGCACACAACGACGAAAACGGCUGCUUUGAAAGCUGUGGUCUUUUAAUAUUUGAAUGUAACAGAGGAAAUUGACACUCACACGCACGCACCAAAAAAAAAACCAAAAACCAAAAAACAAAAAACAAACAAACAAAAAAAAAAACACCCACAAAAAAACCCAAAACAACAACAACAACAAAAAAACCAAAAACACAAAAAAAACCCCCCACAAAAACAAAAAAACACACCAAAAAACAUAUCCACAAUUACAUUUCAUCCUUUCAAGCGCCUCUCCGCCGUUUCUUGCCUCGGCAAAGCGAAUAGCCUAGGGACCUUCUCGGGAGCAUCCCCGGCCGCGCGGCCUGCCCCCCUCUUCCCGCCCGCAGGGCUCAGAGGAGCGGAGGGCGCUCCCCGAACCGCAGCCGGGGCCCCGGCGGGGACCGAGGCUGGGGUGCCCAAAAGGGGAGCGGCUGCGGGGAGCCGUCCCGGGGCCCGGCCGCCCCCUCCCCACCCUGCGGGCGGGCAGAGCCCUCCCCUCUUCUCCCUCCCUCCCCUCCCUCAGCCCGUCCGUCCGUCCCUCCUCCUGCCGCUGCCCGCCUCCGCCCCCUCCCCCGCGGCCGGGCCGGGCCGGGCCGGGGCCCUUGACGUGUCCCGGCGCCGAUUGGCCGCCGGCCGAUAGGAUCUCCGCGGGCCCGCGUUAAGGCGGGGGAGCGCGCGGCGCCGGCAGCAGAGCGCUCCCGGGAUCCCGGCUCCGCCAGCCCCGGCCGGUUCUCCCGCCCGCCCCGUCCGGGCAGCGCCGCAGCCAGCCGCGUCCCCGCGCAGUGGCCAUGGAGUACACGCCGCCCCCCAAGCCGCAGCUCUCCUCCCGCGCCAACGCCUUCUCCAUCGCCGCCCUCAUGUCGAGCGGCAGCUCCAAGGACAAGGAGUCCCCCGAGAGCACUAUCAAGCCUCUGGAACAAUUCGUUGAGAAAUCCUCCUGCGCUCAGCCUUUGAGUGAUUUAUCCAGUCUGGACCCUCACGGGGAUUUUAGCAGCAGCCCUUCUUCCCUCUGCACCGAACCCCUCAUCCCCACCACCCCCAUCAUCCCCAGCGAGGAGAUGGCCAAAAUCUCCUGCAGCCUGGAGACCAAAGAGCUCUGGGACAAGUUUCACGAACUGGGUACCGAGAUGAUCAUCACCAAAUCCGGGAGGAGAAUGUUUCCUACGAUCAGGGUUUCCUUCUCGGGAGUGGAUCCUGAGGCCAAGUAUAUUGUGUUAAUGGAUAUAGUUCCUGUGGACAAUAAAAGAUAUAGAUAUGCCUACCACAGGUCUUCCUGGUUAGUGGCUGGAAAAGCUGACCCUCCUCUGCCUGCAAGGUUGUAUGUGCACCCCGACUCCCCGUUCACAGGAGAGCAACUGCUGAAGCAGAUGGUGUCCUUCGAAAAAGUCAAACUCACCAACAACGAGCUGGAUCAGCAUGGCCAUAUCAUUUUGAACUCCAUGCACAAGUACCAGCCAAGGGUCCACAUCAUUAAGAAGAAGGAUCACACAGCUUCUUUGCUAAAUCUGAAAUCAGAAGAGUUCAGAACAUUCAUCUUUCCAGAGACAGUUUUUACUGCUGUUACUGCCUACCAGAAUCAGUUGAUAACCAAGCUGAAAAUUGACAGCAACCCUUUUGCUAAAGGAUUCCGUGACUCUUCCAGACUCACUGAUAUCGAGAGAGAAAGUGUGGAGAGCCUUAUCCAAAAGCAUUCCUAUGCCCGAUCCCCCAUUCGGACCUAUGGAGGAGAAGAUGAGCUCGGAGACGACAGCCAGGCAACACAAAGCAGAGGGUCAGCCUUUACAACAUCUGAUAACCUGUCCCUCAGUUCCUGGGUUUCCUCUUCAACCAGUUUCCCAGGAUUUCAGCAUCCACAGUCUUUGAGUGCCCUGGGUACCAGCACUGCAUCCAUAGCUACACCCAUUCCUCACCCAAUCCAAGGAUCUCUGCCUCCGUACAGCCGCCUGGGAAUGCCCCUCACCCCCUCUGCUAUAGCCAGCUCCAUGCAAGGCAGCGGCCCCACCUUCCCGUCCUUCCACAUGCCAAGGUACCACCAUUACUUUCAGCAGGGUCCUUAUGCCGCUAUCCAAGGACUGCGUCACUCCUCCGCAGUGAUGACACCGUUCGUAUGA